CUAGCUCUUAAGCAACUUAACGUGCUCUGCUUUUUAUGCCUUAUUUCUUGCCGUUUAUGUCUACAUAGCCACCACCCCACACAUAUCCCAUUUUCCAGCUUCUUUCAUAUAUAUAUAUAUAUGCGGACUCUUUGCUUUUGCAUCUCUUUCUUCACUCUCUUUUAGAUUCAUUCAGUCGAAGAAAUAAAAGCAUAAAUAUUUUCUUGAAAGAUAUGUACAAGUCAACUUUCAAAUCUACAAAGAUGGAUAUUAAUAAUAUUAGACGACGGAGACCAUCUUAUCGUGUUAUCGUUUUUGCCCUGGUGUUUUCUGCCGUUUUUAUUUGGAGUGCGAAAAUUGUCUUGGAUUGUAAAUGGAGGCUUUCAGCGUGGAAUCUCAAUACUACCAGGUGUCACAAUUCUUCUGAGACAAGAAGGGAAAUCGAUUUGCCUAGAGGCAUAGUCACCAGGACUUCUGAUUUGCAAAUGAAACCAUUGUGGGGUCCCAGAAUUAAAAAGAACCCCAAAGUAUCAACAAACUUGCUGGCAAUGGCAGUGGGAAUUAAAAUGAAAGAAAACGUUAAUACAAUUGUCAACAAGUUCCUAAAGAGUAAUUUCGUUGUGAUGCUAUUUCAUUAUGAUGGAAAUGUAAGUGAAUGGAGAGACUUGGAAUGGAGUGAUCGAGCCAUACAUGUCUCUGCUAUAAAUCAAACUAAAUGGUGGUUUGCAAAGCGUUUCAUGCAUCCAGACAUUAUUUCAGACUAUUCUUACAUAUUCCUAUGGGAUGAAGACCUUGGAGUUGAACAUUUCAAUGUUGACAGAUAUAUGUCUAUCGUUAAAGAAGAAGGACUACAUAUAUCACAACCAGCCCUUGACCCUACUAAGUCUGAAAUACAUCAUGCACUCACAGCAAGAGUCGAUAAACAGAGAUUACACAGAAAAGUGUACAGAACAAUUGGACGAUGGAAGUGUGACGAAAAUAGUACAGAGCCUCCAUGUACAGGGUUUGUAGAGAUGAUGGCUCCCGUUUUCUCAAUUUCCUCUUGGCGUUGUGCUUGGCAUUUAAUUCAGAAUGACUUGAUUUAUGCAUGGGGAGUGGACUUCGUUCUUGGUUAUUGCGCACAGGGUGAUAGAACCAAGAACGUUGGAAUUAUAGAUUCUGAGUACUUGAUUCAUUAUGGUCUUCCUACACUAGGGGGCUCAACACCAGACAAGGUGCAAGCAGAAACAGAAACACAAGCACGAGCACGAACACAAACAGGAAACCAAACGCGAGCACAGUCUCCGAAACAACAUGAUAUUCGAUAUGAGGUGAGAAAGCUGUCAUAUGCUGAAUUAGAGAUAUUCAAAAACAGAUGGAAAAAGGCAGUUAAAGAGGAUGAGGUCUGGAGUAGUAGACAAGCAAAUAUUGCAGAUACAUAUACCAACUCAUACAAAGUUGUAAUUCUUUGAUUCAUUCUUUCUGGCAAGGCAACAAUAAAUUAUAGCCCAUGAGUUCAUCACAUGAAAAUUCUGUUUAUUACUUGAUGAUAGUAAAAAUAUAGAUGCAUAGUUCACAAAAUGGUUCAAAACCAUAAGUAUGCAGUCUUAUAAGUUUCAUA